GUUUCAUCCUCCACUGCUUGGUUGAGCGUGCUGACUAUUUUGACUGCCAUACGACAGAACAGAGACUCAACCGGUUUAGUGAGUCCAGAACGGGUAGAGGCAUAAACAGCAUGGUGGGAGGGGAGUGCAGGUCUGAGCUGGUGAGGGUGUGAUCCCUCCACAACCGAGAGAGGACGUCUGGACUGCAAGACGUUCGGGGAAGGACAGGAAGAAUGGCGAGGAAUGUUAAUUACCUGAGCUCCCCUCUCAUGGAAGCUGGACUGGAGAGCCCAAUAGACGAGGACGGUGUUCACGACUCCUUCAGCCAGCUGAUAGCAGAGCAGAGUCAGAAUGGAGAAAUGGACGCGUACGAGCUGCAGCAGAUGCAGAGAGACCUGGACGAAGAGGGCCGAGAUGAUGUCCCUUACCUGUCCAGCCCUGGACAGGACUUUAGGGGAAGGAUUAAAGAGCGGAGGGACAUGGAUUGGGACGGUGAUGAAAGAGAGGAAGACCCUUUCAUAGGUGAACGAUGGUCCUCGGCCACCAUGAAGAUCCUGUCCUCCAUGCCCAGCCGCACCAUGGGACGCAGCAGGGGAGCCAUCAUCUCUCAGUACUACAACAGAACCAUGCAGCUUCGCAGACGCAGGCAGAGCAGACCUGCCAUCAAAGACUUCUCUCGCUCUGCUAGACCGAGCAUACUAGGCUAUGGCAUUGACCCAGACAGCACAGACGCUAAUAAUGCAGAAGCGAUUAAGAAAGAGCGUUUGGUGAACAACCUGCAGAACCUGUCGGUGGGCGACAGAGUGAGGAUGCUCAGAGCGAUGCCGCUCAGUGUGGCCGAGAAGCAAGAACUCAGGAGGCAGGCAUUACAAAAGGAGAAAAACAUUCGCACAAAUUCUGGCAAGAAGAUCCCCUGCUGCAGUCAACUUAAAUAUUACAUCAUCAUAAUUUUUAGGCAGAGCUGGUACAGCUGGCUGUCCUUCCUGCACUCACUCCAGCUGUCGGUCGCACUGAGAGAGGUGAGCGGACGGUUUGUUGGAGUCCUCUCAUACUUCCUUUUCCUCAAGACUUUACUAUUUUUCAACAUCUUCUUGUUCCUGGUGACGGGGGCAUUCUUGGUGCUGCCUCAGGCGGUGCACCCACCAGCGCUGCCUGCAGGGGGACGCUCCUUCUCUGGGUUGGCGCUUUUUACUGGAGCAGGGCUAUUCUCAGACUCGGUGAUGUACUAUGGCUACUACUGUAACUACACACUGCGUAGAGCUUGCAUGGAGGAUUCAUCUGUUUCCAAUGAAACCAGACUGUACUGUAUGUCCCAGCAACAUUCUUACAACAUGCCGCUUGCGUAUCUCACCAUCGGAGUCUCUUUCUUCAUCACGUGCAUCAUUCUUGUGUACAGCAUGUCAAAGCUUUUUGGCCAGAGCUACAGGAUCGACAACUCUCACAGCAUCUUAGCCAUGAAGGUCCUCUGCUCCUGGGACUUAAGGUCAUUAAGAAAAACUCGUGAAGUCAUGUCUGAGAAUAUCUGCACCCAGCUCAAGCGAGUGCUAGCAGAGGUGAAUCAUAAGCAAGUGAAAAACACUGCACGUCAGAAGCUGUGUAGAAUGACGGUUCAUGGCCUGGCGUGGGCUAUCUGCAUAGCGAGCACCAUAGCCUUUGUGCUUGGAAUCUACUUCUUCUCUGGUUACAUGCACCAGAACCUCAGACAAACAUCACGUUUCACCAAGCAGAACCCCUUGUUGGAUGAGGCCAGCCUGCUGGCUCUCCCUGUGGUAGUGUCCCUUAUCAACCAGCUGCUGCCUGGUCUGUUUAACCUCGCAGCCUGGAUGGAGGAGUAUGAAUCUCCAUCUGUGCGCACAUAUGUUGCCAUUGGCAGAAACUUGAUGUUGAAAGUGAGCGUGCUCGGAGUGCUCUGCUACCAUUGGCUGGGUCGAGUGGCUGGUGAACCUGAAAGUAUAGGACUGAAGUGCUGGGAGAGUUUCGUUGGCCAGGAGCUUUAUCGUUUCCUUCUCAUGGACUUCAUUUUCACUCUGCUGGACACCUUGUUUGGAGAGUUCCUUUGGAGGUUGUUUUCUGAGAAAGUGCUGAAGCGGAAGAGGAAACCUGUGUUUGAUAUCGCCAGGAAUGUCCUUGAUCUCAUCUAUGGACAGACACUAGCCUGGGUGGGUGUCCUCUUCACUCCUCUCCUGCCUACGGUACAGGUUCUCAAACUGCUGCUGCUGUUUUACGUUAAGAAGAGCAGUGUGAUGAGGAACUGUCAGGCACCGAGGAGGCCGUACAGAGUCAGCCAAAUGCACACAAUGUUCAUCUCUCUGCUUUGCUUCCCUUCCUUCCUCGGAGCCUCUGUGUGCACAUACUCAAUGUGGAGCAUCACACCCUCCUCCUCGUGCGGACCCUUCCGAGGCUCAAAGCCAUGUUUAAAGCUAAAGGUCUGGGUGGAAGAAAUGGAAAAAGAUAAUCCAAACCUCUCCCUGCUUGCCAAUAUUUACUCCUACCUGUUGGAACACCCUUCUUCCUGUUUGUGGGGCGCAGCUAUCUUCCUGAUUGUCAUUUACUUCCACACUCAGGUUGUGGAUGGUCAGAGGAAGAUCAUCAACCUACUGCAGGAGCAGAUAGAAAAUGAGGGAGAGGAUAAGAAGUUUCUCAUAACUCGCCUACAGUCUGUCCAUGAGCGAAAACGAACGCCUGCUCGGAGACUCACGAGUCAGGACUCCAACUAUUGAGAUCCGACUCCUCUGAACGCUGAGGACUUGAGAAAUCUUAAUCCAGAGAUCUGGGAUAUAACUGGAAGGACAGCUUGACUGGAUGUUUUAAGAUUAGAUUUUAAAAUUAGUGUUUGUGUAGAAGAGGCACAAACAACGUGGAACAGAAGGAGGAACAAAGCUGUCUGCUUUAUACAUCACGUUAACAGGAGAGAGACAUUUUCUCAAACGUUAGGACGUCAGAAUGAUCUUUACAGUAAAACCUGAGGAGACUUAGAGCUGGUGUGUUCAGCUUUAAGAUCUGGUCAGUCAUAGAUGCACUUUUCAUACCUACUGUGAACAACAUUUUUUAAGUGAUUUUUAUGUGUAAAAAAUGUAAGUAGUGUACAAGUUUUAUAAUUUUUCAGUUUUUUAAAAGAUAACUUUAUCCGUAUGUUUGUUGUAGGUGGAUGUUGUUGGUGUGAGAACGAUACUGUGUUGUGUUUUUACAUCUUUCUCAGUGUUUUAAGGGUGAUCAUGAUCGCUAUGAUGUCAUGCUUUUAUUAUUAAAUUAUGUAUCAUCGUA